AUGUGUAUUUAUUUCCUCGCACUCGGACUGUCCAAGGUUGGAUCAAGCGCGUACAUCUGGAAGCAACAGCUCGGAACUCCCAUUCCAGACACCCUGAUAACAGGCCGAAACUGGCCAACCUCAUUAAUGAACAACGUUCUCAUCGCCAAUUCUCCACAACUCAUCUUCUCUUUGCUCUAUUUCUCCUUCAACACUCUUCUGACCUCCAUGACUCUUGCGGCUGAAUGGAGCGGAUACGCCAGCCAACGCAAAGGCCUCCGCGUCUCGUACAACCCACAAUUAUCACAGCGAAGCAAAUACUUCCUUUCAAUACCCUAUCGCUACUCAAUUCCACUCAUAGCUGCCGCGGCCAUCCUCCACUGGCUGGUUUCACGAAGUCUGUUCAUGGUUGGGAUUGAAGCGCUUGACUCGAACAUGGUUAGAAACCUCGAAAGAGACUUAAUUACUUGUGGCUACUCGCCCGUCGCAAUAGUCUGUUCUCUGGUAGUUGGAGGCUGCAUGUUCCUUUGCCUCGUGGGGCUUAGUGCCAAACCGUUUGAGACAGCAAUGCCAGUGGCCGGGGGCUGCAGCCUUGCAAUUGCCGCCGCAUGUCAUCCGGCCUUUGAUCCAACCGAUAAUGUAGUCAUCAAGUCGAAUGACGAGGAUACAAACAUGGCGCAUUUGCCUGUUCAGUGGGGGUCGGUACCGGUCGAUGGUCGUGUCGGACAUUACAGCUUCACAUCGGAGGAUGUCGAGAUGCCCAAGGCAGGAAAGAUAUACAAGUGA